UCGGGCUGCGGAAGCCAGGAGGAUGAAACUGACUCAUUGACAAAGGAGCGCUUCAUCUCAGUUUUCUGCGUUCAGGGCGUCUGCUGCAGCUGUUGCCUCCGUUAGCGGCGUAGACAUGAGGAGCCCUCUUGCCGGCGGUGUUACCGUGACAUUGUGGCUGUUAGUCGAGUUUGUUGAAGCCAAGAAGUUUUGCUGGUAUUUUGAGGAACGAUAUCCUGCAUAUUUUGUAUGUCGCUCCUAUGAGGACUGCUGUGGAACUCGCUGCUGUGUCAGAGCCUUGUCCAUUCAGAGAUUAUGGUAUUUCUGGAUCUUGCUCAUGACGGGGGUGUUAUUCUGCUGCGGUGCUGGCUUCUUCAUCCGCAGAAGGAUGUAUCCUUCUCCUCUGAGAGAUGAGCCAACCUUCAAUGUGUCCUUCACCAGGCAACCUGUCACCUCUCCAGUUUCCCAGCAGCCAGGCAGCACACAGAGCUUUGGGGUGAACGGGAUGGCUGGAGGUGACCCUUGGAUGACAUUGACCAAGGCUGCGUAUCGUUCACAUCCGGGCUCCACCCAGAUGAUGAUGUGGUCCUACUCGCCACCUCCAUCCUACUGCAACCACCCACCACCACCUUAUGAAAAAAAUCCUCCAAAAUGACAACAAGAAGUAGUGUCUUCAAAGAGCUAACCAGGUGGAAUGUGAGAAGGGAAGAAGGGUGAUGGAGACAAAGUGCAGCUAAAGCUGAGGAGAACAAGUCUGCUGUUUGCAGGUUGAUGCUAACUGUGUGUGAAGAGUUAAUAACACAGGUCUGUCGUUGAAAAUAAGCACAAAAAUAGACCCACUCACUCUGGUUCUGUUCUAGUUCACGUUAACACACAACCUGACUGGAACUCAUCUCACUGCGUCUGGGCAGAGAAAGUAAUGGAAAGUUACUAUGGAUUAAAAUGUUGUAGAAACUGG